UAGCGUUAAUCCAAUAAUAUUUGAUGUCGACAAACCCAAGAUUCCAGUUGAAUUAUUUGUUAUGAGUCGUUGUCCUGACGCUGUUAUGUGUGAAUCCGUGCUCAGUGACGUUUUAAAGCAAGUGAACGAAAUUUCAAAUUUUACCACGAAUUACAUUGCAACGCUUGACGAUUCCGCACCGUAUGGAGCAUAUUGUAAACAUGCAAAUAUCGAGUGUGUCG